AUGGCCGCCGCCGAUGUUCAACAGACUCCUGACAAUUCUGUGAUAGUAAAUAGAAACAAUUCUCGCUCACUUACUAGAAAUAUGCGCUGUGGGCCCCACUGUAAGCCUGGCGAAAUUAGUGAAGAUGUCCUUCGUGCGGAAUUUCAUGAAAUGUUUCGUCAAUUUUCCGAUCAAAAGAAAAAAAUUGAGCCCAAGAAAACUAAAAAGAAAACGAAAUCUAAAGCAAAGGAUAAGCAUAAGUCAAAGGGUGAUUCAUCAGAGUUACCAGUCCUUCAACCUCCUUUUCUUGCUGUUAGAAGUAACCCAUCUUCCUUUGUAGUUUUUGCAAUUGUUAGACUUUGUGUUUUGGAAAAGCAAACUUGUGAAGCAACCCGCCUUUACUUGAAAAGUAUUACAUCAAGUUUAACAGACUCAGAAUCAGAGGAUGACGAUGAACAUAAUAAAGAGACAUCUUCAGUUCCUAAGAUUGUUGGUGUUGGUUUAUGUGGUGUUUUUGAACUAAUUAAAGAAAGUCAGAAAAACCAUCCACAUUUUUGUUUAAGAGCAUUGCAAGCAUUAUUAGAUAUGUUGCAGGGUCAGCAACCGGAAGGACUAAAGAAUGAACCACCAGAUGUGAUAGAUGCCCUUUUUGAUUUAUUAUUGGAAAUAUCCUCAACGACAUUCAGUGCAGCAGACCAGAGUCAGAGCAGUUACGCUUCAACUCUUACUUCUUAUGCAUGUGCCUGUCUUCUCAGUCUUGUUGUUGCAAAAGGUGAUACAGGAAAACUCCUUAGUGCUGCUUCUGCAAUGUUGAUGAGUUCUCAGAUUUUAGCCCUAGAAGAAAUACCUACCCCUGGCAUUAUGGCAUCUUUGCAAAGAAGUGUCCAUGCUGUGUUGUUUGGAAAAACUGUUGGUCCGGAUUGGCUAACGCAUGGAUUUCCUAGCUGUGCUCUUUUCUCAUCAUUUGCUGUGCAAAUUCCAAAAAACAAAUACAGACUAGGUUCUCCAAUUACUAGUGAUGGUAAAUAUUUGUAUAUAUUUUCUGGUGGCUCCAUUUACAAAAUUGGUUCCGGUUUUGGUGGCACCAUUAAGGGGCAAAUAAUAAUGAGUCGAGGUGGCAUAAAAGUUGAAGAAAAAGGAUGGCUUGGGUUCUGCCAAGGCUACUUAUAUUUUCAAGCUCAAGUAGGAUCAUGCAAUGAAUUAGUUAAAAUUGAUGUAGAAACUUUGAAGGAAAAGGAUAGAGUUAAAGUUGAUGUAAAUGAAUGGGGACCAUGUGCAUUUUUUACUGAUGGUGAUUGCAUAGGUUUAAUUAUUGCCACAAAAGAGGAUAGUUUUAUAAUCAAAAUGUAUAAGCCUAGUUCUUCUCCAAUGACUUGCGUUCACGAACUUACUUUGAAGUUAGCUAGAAAGUGUUUGGAUGUUUUUGGAAGUGGAAUUUUUGAUGAUGAAGCAACUUCACAUACAUUAAAUAUACCAGCUGAGGACGAACCAGCUAGCAUUGCUUGCGGUAAAGAUUUUGCUUUGAUGAAAACUGUUAGUGGAAAGAUUAUGUAUUCUGGUAAAGCACAAAGUUUGGGUAUCAAGCAAGGUGGUCCUGCUGCUGGAAAGUGGGCUGAACUGCCAAUCACAAAAUCUCCCAAAAUAAUUCAGUACUCAGUUGGACAUGAUGGACAACAUGCUAUUUUAAUUGCAGAAGAUGGAAGUGCAUUUUUUGUUGGUACUGCUCGUAGAGGAGAAGAUGGUGAUCAAAGUAAAGGGAGAAGGCAACCUAAACCAACUAAACCCAAAAAGAUGAUAAAACUAGAGGCACAUCACAUAGUUAGUUCUGCAUGCAAUAAUGGCACAAGUGCAUUAGUUUCUCAGAGUGGUGAAUUAUUUUUAUUUGGGAAAGAUACAGCUCAUGCAGAUCACAAUAUAGGACUUGUUACUGACAUUAAAGAAGCUGUUACCCAAGUUGCAUUGGGGAAAGCUCACAUUGUUGCUUUAACUAAUAAAGGUCAUGUAUACACAUUUGGUAUCAACCAUAAAGGGCAGUGUGGUCGGGAAUUUAUUCAUGGCCCAAAUAGAGAAGCAGCUCUACCAAUUGCAAUGGCCACAGCAACUGAAGAAGAUGGGGAAGAUGAAGAUGUUGAAUCUGAAGAACCUGACAUAAUCUGCCCUGCUGGUAGACACCAGUGGAAUCAUGAUCAUUGUAUGGUGUGCACAGUUUGUGGUGAAUGUACAGGUUAUGGUGCAAGUUGUAUAGCUGGAGGCAGACCGGAUCGAAAUCCUGGUUUACCUUGUGGAUGUGGUGCUGGUGAUUCAGGAUGCAUGGAAUGUGGUUGCUGCAGAUCCUGUGCUCGAGAAAAUGACCAAGAUGUUGAUGUUGCUGCUGCUUGGGGUCAGCUUGUGGCUGGUGGAUUAGUUGACAAUAAGCAGACUGAUAUAAUAGUCUUUGAUGUUCGGUGCGGGCGUGCUGGAGUACGUCUUGAAGAUCGACUUCGCCGUAGAAUCGAGGAAUAUAGGAUUAGACAACGGCGAAAGCAGAUGGUGCAGUCGGUUAAAACAGCUUUGAAAUCUGGUCUUGGUGGAUUGAAUAAGUUACGUAGUGAUGUUGCUGAAAAAAGUUCACCACCUAUUGUUGAUGAUGUUGUAGGUAGCGAUCAAGAAAGAGAAACUACAAAAUUAACAGCGUUACCUCCUGCUCGUAUGAAUAUGCCAACAGAGGUUCCUGUAAUACAAAUAGCUUGUGGAUUACAUCAUAAUGUGUUAUUAGUUCAGACUGGCGAUGUUUAUACUUUUGGAAAUAAUCAACAUGGACAGUUAGGACAUGGUGAUUUUAAUAUUAGAGGAGCACCUACAUUACUGAAAUUUCCAUCUUCUCAUACAUCAACUUCAAUAAUACAAGUUGCUGCUGGAAGUUGUCAUACAGUCUUGUUAAAUUCCCAAGGCCAAGUUUAUACAUUUGGAAACAAUCAGAAAGGACAGUUAAAACGAUCACCUCCAAAUUCACUAUUGGACCAAAAUCGAAAAGACAAGAAGAAAGUUGACCGAGACAAAGAUUCAAAUUGGAAUGCUGUACCUGGGCUUGUACCUAAUGUUGGUACAAAGUAUGGCCGAAGGGCGACCUGGAUUGGAGCAUCUGGGGAUCAAACAUUUGUUAAGAUUGAUGAGUCCCUAAUUAAUUCACAUAAUUUGAGCAAAUCAAGUGUUGUAUGCAGCAAAACCUGUAUUGGUAUAAUUCCAAAUAAAUUUGAACAAGCUUCUUCGUUCAAGAGUUUGGUUAUCAGUAAAGCAGAUGGAUCUUGUCGAAGUUUUAGUACUGCAGAACAAUUGGAGUUACGAGAUUCAUCAGUAUGCUUGGAUAGUACCUAUAAUGUACUGUGGAGUUUUUCUCCAUCAGAUCAAAGAAUCAGCUUGUACAACAUCAUUAUAACUGAACUUCAAAAUUUUUUCAAUCCUGCCCAUCAGCAAUCUUCUGAAGCCCCAGUUACAAAAAACAAUGAUUCAGAGUCAACUUUUCCUCGAAUUUUGAACCCUGAACUAAUGCUGCCAUUUAAAUCAGGUGUUCCAGUGAGCAGAGCCCAUGCAGCUCUAAAUAUUCUCAGUAGUUUGGAUACUUUGACUUCUGCUCAGGAACAAAGCCUGCAAGUACUCAAUGAUGAUCAAAAACGACAAAACUUAAGCAAAGUGUACAGCAAAGAAGAUUUUUCUGUUGUUAAUCGUUUUGACAGUCACGGUGGAGGUUGGGGCUAUUCCGGUCAUUCAAUAGAAGCUAUACGGUUCAUGACUGACACGGAUAUACUUCUUGGUGGAUUUGGCCUCUUUGGUGGUAGAGGCGAAUACACAGCAAAACUUAAAGUUUUUGACAUUGGACCUGAAGGUGGUGAUCAAGAAAUUGAUGGGGAUGUUUUAGUUGAAACUGAUGAAAUUCCUUAUGAAUGCGGAGCUCGUCAUAAAUUUCCAAUGCUUUUUGAUGAACCUAUACAAAUUACUGCAAAUAGAUGGUAUGUAGCUUGGGCAAGAAUAUCGGGUCCAAGUAGCGAUUGUGGCUCAAGUGGUCAAUCUGUUGUGACUACAGAUGAUCAAAUAGUGUUUUAUUUCAAAAGUUCAAAAAAGUCGAACAAUGGAACUGAUGUUAAUGCAGGACAAAUACCUCAGCUUUUAUACAGAACAAUAACUCCUGACAAUCAAGGUUUAUCCAAGCCUUGCAGUCAAGUAGAACCUGUUACUGUUUUAAGUAAAGAAUUUUCUAGAACUGUUAGUCCUGAUUGCUUUCAUUCCUUAUUAAGGCUUCUUCGAUGGGCUUGGCAGUCUUUUAAAGCUGGGUAUUGUGAAGCAAUUUUAGGUUCAACAAUGCCAGCAGUUGCAGCUCUUUUGGAUUUAGAAAGACUGGAAUACAUAUGUACUUCUAGUUUACAUCUUUUAAAAAUAUACAUCAAUGAAAUAUAUCCAAAUGGACCUGUGUCUAAAAAAUCAGUUUCAGAAGUCCCCAAACUUGCAGAAUGUGUUGCAGAUGUCAGAGCUUUGCUUCAGCACAUUCUUUCUGAUAGAUUGCCGUCUGCUCAAGUGAAAACAUCAUUUUCAAGUAUUCCGACUUCAUCUUCUACCUCAGCUCUUCUUGCUAACUAUUUGCAGUCGAUUUUAGAAGAAUGUCAUGUGACUUUCCUGGCUUGCUAUCAUGCAUUUUAUCCUAGUUCCCAGUUAAAGUGGCGUGGUUUAUGUGAUUUACUUUUAACAAUUGAUGUGCCUUGGGUGGAGGAAAAUGUUGAAGGAGAUCAUCUUUUAGCAGCUGUGUUAGCAUCUUUGUGUUCAUCCUCCAUUCGUUUGACGUCAACUCUGCCUGUCACUUUAGAUACUGAUCUUAUAAGUGAUUCAUCUCCUCUGUCUCCUGAGCAAAAUCCAGAUUCCAGUCCCUCAGUGAAUGGUCACACUCAAGAGAUGUCACCUGGACUUUGUGGUUCAGAAGUUUAUCGCUAUCCUGUCUUGAUAGAUUGUGUUGCAGUAAGAACUGAGAGAGAAGGUUGCAAUCCUGGGCCAUGUAGUUUCAGAGAAGUACUCGAUCGUUUGCUAUCUAUUGUUAAACAACCUUUAGAUGCAAUGCUACAUCAGGAAACUGUUAAGCAUUCUUCUAAAUUAAUUUCAAAUGCCUGUGCCUUUAUAGCUGUAAUUGUUGCAGAGUUGUCCUACCAAUCUGCUGGUACUGUUUUGGACAUGCAUGGUACUGGUGGUCAAGUUUUACACGUAACUCCUUCUCGUUUCACAAAAGUGAGCCAAAAUCGAACAUGGAAUACUGGAAAUGGUUCUCCUGAUGCUAUUUGCUUUAGUGUUGAUCGCUCUGGUAUUCUGAUAUCUGGAGUUACAGUUUAUGGUGGUAUUGGAAAUGAGUGGCACUAUGAGUUGGAAUUGUUAGAUGACCAAAGUGGUGGUAACGCUGAUCCUUCUCAUACUCAAAGGUGGAAAACUUUGGCUAUUGUUCGAGGAACUUUUGGUCCAGAAGAUUGCUAUGGAGAUGUUGCUGAAAUUAAAUUUGAAAGACCAGUUCCAAUAAAGGAAAAUGUAAAAUAUGCUGUUAGGUUAAGAAAUCAUGGCUCAAGAACAAAUAAUGGUGAUGGUGGUUUGUCUCAAGUUAAAGGUCCUGAUGGAUGUAUUUUUACUUUCACUGAUUGCUCAUUGAGUUUCAAUGGGACGAAUCACACCAGAGGCCAAAUUCCUCAAAUAUUAUAUUACAGUACACCUCAAGAUACAGAAAGUGUGCAGAAUACUAGAGAUUUAGCUGAAUUACAAGCUCGAAGGAAUGCUUUAUCUAUAUGCAAUGCAGUGGUCAAGACAUCUGUUAAGCUCUUUGCAAAAGCACAAGCAGUGGAAGAUGUGGAUGUACUUUGUGCCUUUGGGACUUCUCACGUAGUUACCAUGCUAUUGCCUUUAAUUUUUGCCCAUUUAGGACCAGUAGCAACAUCUGAUCCACGUAGUGCUGUUCAAGUUCUUUCAAUGGUUCAAGAUCUGUUGCCUCUAGUUGCAUCUUUAAAUAAAAAGUGCCCAAAAACCUCAGAAAAAACCUCGGAUCAUGAUUCUGAACGAUGUGAUUCUAAUUUAUGUACAACAUCUAACCAUUAUGCUAUAGUGGAAAGUGAUCAUCCCUACCGUCCUGCGUCUGUUGCAAGUUAUCGGGUUACUUUUCCAUCUUGUGUGCAAUGGUUAUCAUUAGAGUUUGAUCCACAAUGUGGCACUGCUCAAGUUGAAGAUACUCUACAAAUUUACAUUCCCAGCCGAAAUAAUUCUGGUCAAGUUUGGUUAAAUUCAGCACAAACCAUUAAUGUAACUGGUUCUCAAGAUUGUGAAGAAGAUCAGUACAUGCCAUAUUGGCCAGUUUUUCGAAAAUUUAGUGGAAGUUUUGAUUGGCCUACAACAGCACUCUUAUUGCCUGGUAAUGAAGUUGUGUUUUCACUUGAAACUGCUUCUGAUUAUGUUAAAGAUGAAAAGGCCUGCUUUUAUGGCUUUAGGUGUCAAGUAAUUGGAUUUGAAUGUCCUCGUAUUGCAGUCGGCAAUAAUAUUGAAAGUUGGGAAGGUCUGAAGCAUUUAGAACGAGAACUUGCGUAUUUAGGAGGAAUGUGUGCUGCUUCCUUGAUGAGAAGAGAUCUAGUUCUACCACCCUCUUCCAUUGGUGAAGUUGAAGAAGAUUUAGAAUUGAUUGAGGAACUUUCACAGCAGGUUUACAAGAAUCACUCCUUACUGCUUUCUAAAGGCUUUGCAUUAGCUCAUGCACCUAGCAUACAUCAAGCAUUAGAAGGCGUUCUUCCAUUUAGUAGCCAGUCCAAUGAACAUUCAUUUCUCAAAGAUUUUGUGUCUUGUUCUCAAGGAACUAGUGGAGGUAGAUUAGCCAGAUGGCUUCAACCAGAAUCCUAUGUUGAUCCCAAGCUAUGUGAAUUAUUAUGCAGUCAAGAAGAAUUGAAAUGUGGAUGGCCAGCUAUCAUUACUGUUAUCACUAAAGAUCAGUAUGGGAAAAUAGUGCAAGCACCUUCAUUAAAGGUUGAAGUAUUAGCUGUUCCCAUGAAUAUGUAUGAUAAAGAGAAUGAAAUAAAUGAUCCUAGUAGAAAGUUAGCUAAAGUCAGUAAGCCUGAAACAGGGACAUUGACUUUUGGUGGUCAUCUUCCUCCUAAUCUGGAAACUGGUUAUGAAAUAUCUGUUAAAGAUAAAAUGUUUUACUAUGCUAUCACUGUGAUGAAGGAGUAUGAAAAUUAUUCUUUUGAAGAAUUAAGAUAUGUAUCACCUGCUAAAAAGCGCCUUAUAGAGAACAUGUUAGUUCGUACAAAUAAUGAUGGUACUUACACUGCAAACUGGACACCUGGAUCUACAGGCUGGUACUUAUUAAGAGUUGUAAUUGAUGGCAUCGAAAUAGGUGGUUCUCAACAAAGAUCUGUUGAAGUUAAAGAGCCUCCUCAAGGACUGCUUAUACCAUCAAAACAAGUUGUGCCAAAAGCUCCGCAUCAGCCUAAUCGGGUUCGUAAAUUUGCAGGCAAAUUUAGUGCUGGUUUAAGAGUACGUAGUCAUCCAUCACUACAAAGUGAACAAAUUGGCACUGUCCGCGUCAAUGACACAGUUAGUUUUGUUGAUGAGCUUCGAAAUGAUGAUGGAGUUUGGGUUCGCUUGAGCUCAGAAACCGUUCGGAAAUAUUGUCAAAAUGGUUUUACUGAAGCCUGGUGUCUACAGUAUAACCAACACCUUGGGAAAACACUUCUCAUUCCUGUAGAAGAGCCUAAAUCAAUGUUGACUGAAUUCUUUAAAGAUAAAGGUUUGAAAAAGAAAUUAUGUGAUGAGAACUACAAAGAUAGAUAUGGCGCCAUUCAUGGUCCUGGAAUUUAUCAUGUCGUAAAAUGUGGAGCGUCAGGACAUAAUAUAAGAAGUCGGCCAAGUUUAAAAGCAUCUGCAGUUGGCAUGUUAGUUUUGGCAAAUGUAAUUGGUGCUGUUGAGGUUAUAACUAACUCAGAUGGUAUCUGGGCAAAACUUGACAAAGAGAGUAAACAAAAGUAUUGUUUUAAUAUGGAUGGCGAGGCCUGGACACUUAUACGAAAUUUAGCUGACAUUAUUUAUUUACAACAUGAAAUGGAAACAUUACAGUAUGGCGAUGAUGAUGAUAGGUACCUUGGCAGUACAAAAUUUUCUUCUGAGCAAGGCUCUGUUUUUGGUUCUAAUGGUCCCGGCAUGAAAGGAUUUGAUUUUGCUACAGCUGUAUCAGGUCAAACUUUUGGUUCUUUUGGACAAUCUAUGGGCAUAUUCACUUUUGGAAGUGGUACUUCAGAUCCUGAAGGAGGUUCUUCUGGUUCAACAAGUCCAUUUGUUUUUGGAUCGCCUGUAUCUACUCCUUCUGUGUCUAUGAAUACCUUGAUUGAUUCAGAGAAGGUAGAGAAUGAUCUUGUGUCGAAAAAUUCUUUUGGUAAUAAUUGUGGGCGUGUGGCAGCUUUGCAGAAAUGGCUAAAAGAAGAAUCUAGUCAAAAAUCCAAUUCUGAACCUCAGCGUAUGUCAGUAUCAAAAGAUGUUCCUUCAGAACUUCAGACUGUUUCAGUAAAAGAACUUGUUAAAGCUAUUGGAGAGAGUAGAGCUAAUGGUAAUGCUGCUACUCCUCCACGAACUCCGCCAAAUACCCCUCCAGUUCCUCACAGAGGAUCCAGAAGUGGCAGUCCAAUGCAUUCUUCGGGAUCUCCUAAACUUCCUUCUAGACGCAGCUCUAGUCCUAUUCCCAUUGCUGCAGUGCCAGGUAUACGACCCAAUAAUGAAGCAACUUCACCACAUAUCUUGUCUGGAAACAGCAUAUCUUCACUCUCAGUGUCGCCAAAAUCCUCUCCUAGGCAUACAUCUGUAAUUCAAGAUACUUGGCCUACAUAUCAAUCAAGUAUGCCUCCAAAAGGCUCUAGUGGACUUCGGAGGAGCUCACUUCAAAGUGAUACCAGUGUAAGCUCUCAUUUCAGUAGCCUUUUUAAGGAACUUUCACAAACAUCUGCUACAGGUUGUAUCGGUUGUAUAACUCAACGAAAUACUAUCAGCCCUAUAAGCACCCCAGGAACUCCUGGAACGCCUGCUACUCCUGGUACACCAAAGAAGGAGGCUAAUUCUAUUGCUUCUGUGAAAUCAGUCACCCAAACAGGAACGCAAACUAGUCCUGACAGUGUAAAAAGUCACUUUAGCAUAGGAUCUGCCGGAAAUAAAGAAGAACCCACAAGAAUCUCUCCUAAACUUGCUCGUAAAGAAAGAAGUACUCGCCAAUUUAGGACUAAACGUGAAAGAGUGAAAUCACCCAGCUCUGUUCGCGAAAUGAACGAAAAAUCGAAAGAUAAAAGUAGUACCAAAGAUGUUGUCAAAGAAGCUAUGACACCAUCUGUAGCUGAAUGUCUUCGUGCUGUGUUUGCUGCCUUUUUGUGGCAUGAAGGGAUUGUUCAUGAUGCCAUGGCAUGUGCAUCUUUCUUAAAAUUUAAUCCAACUCUUCCUAAACAAAUAACUAGUGUGCCUCAUGUUGCGAUUCGUGAAAAACGAGAUACUUCCCCUCUGACUAAAGAACAGAAAGCCAGGUAUAGACAUUCUGUAGAAGUGGCAAGUCCAAGCUUAUUGACGUUUCAAUAUUUUGAAUCCUUCUCACCCACACCUUUUAAUGCUAAUAUUAAUAAAAAUAAGCUGCGAAAGACAUCAGUGCCAAUCAAGGAGGACAGUGUUAUUGAAGCUUCCAGACAAAAUCAAGGUAUUAAUGAAAAGAAUGACAGUAUUACUUCAACUAACAAUAUUCAAAAUAGAAAAAUUACUUCCAAUGAUAAGUAUCAACUUCCCCAUUCUUUGCAGCACUUAGUUAUAUUGUGGGAACAAAUUUCAUCCUCAAGCCUUAGAAUAAUCUCUCAGCAGCUAAUUCUGCCAAGCCCUGUUGCUGGAUCUCGAGUCUUUCAAAGGUUAGAGAAAGAAAGAAAUAACAGAGAGAAAGAAAAAAAAGUCAAGAAAAAGAAGGAUUACAGGCCUGUGAUAUCUGCAAGGGGUAAUUUAUUUGCUGAAGCUACAGGCGGCCCUUUUGCAGCUGAAAGAGAAAGUAUGUGUGAACUGUGUGGCAAUUUUUUCCCUUAUCCAGUCACUUACCAUAUGAGACAAGCUCACCCUGGCUGUGGUGAUCAUGCUGGUGGCAAAGGCUAUAACAGUGGUGGAAACUUUUGUGGUGGUUGGGCUGGAAAUUGUGGAGAUGGCGGCAUUGGUGGUAGUAGUUGGUACUUAAUAUGUGAUAGAUGUCGCGAAAAAUUUAUUCGUCAAAAGCGGCAGAGCUUAAUAAAAGAAAAAGUUAAAAAAUCACGCAAGAAGUCAUCCCCGACAAAACUUUUAUCACCCUUGCCUCCUAUGGAGGCACACCAGAUUAUGAAAAACAAUGCUCUUUUUUUGCUAGAGCUUUCAUCUUCAGCAUCUUCUGUAAUUCCUACUAAUGUCACCACACCAUCAAGGCUUAGUUUUUAUAAUAGCAUGCCAAGUGUAAACGAACAGAAUUCAUUUCUUGAUUCAUCUCCAUUUCCUAUGGGAUCAUUCCAAUGUCUUGAUGUUUUAGGGGUGCAGCAAGAGUAUAAAAAUAUGAUUGGUCAAGAAUUUCUAUCGGAAGAAGAUAUACGUGCAUUACAAAAUGGUGCCGAAAACUUGGGUCUUGGGACAAGCAUAGCUAAUUUGUCACCUGGAAUAAUUCGAUCAUCAACAUUAAAUGGAGGUGCUGAUUUACAAUUAGUUGGUGUCAAGAGGGAAAGGCAAAGGUCAAAAGGCAAAGAAGGAGAGAACAAAACUAGAACAUUCCACCGAUCAAUUUCAGUUGGUCUUACAUCAAGAGAUUGGAGUAAACAAGUUGCUGAAAAUGUUGCUGAAUGCCGUAUAAUUAUGACCAGAAAGAGAAAUAAUAGCAGUGGUUGUGAAGAUACUAGUACUUCAUUUCUCUGUCAGCCAUCAGCCGCUUUAACGAAACUUGUUUCCUUAUUGAUGGAGAGGCCAGGAUCAGAAUUUCCUUUACAUAGGCCGGUAAUGGUAUUUUUACUACAACGACAUGAUUUGGAGAGCUUACAACUCGCAAUGAAACAAGCCCUAAGAAAGGCUGCUUGCCGUGUUUAUGCUUUGCAGGCUUUAAACUGGCUGCUACGUUGUGUAACACAGCCCAUGUCUCUUCAUGAUCUCUUGUGGUGCUUUGUUGCUGCAUUAUCUCCUGCUCCGUUUGAUAAACCAGAUGAAGAUGGAGAUGAUGAAACUGAAAAAAAAGAACAUGACAUUCAAGAAAAAGAUCUUGGUGUUUGUGAGCAUCCAUUGUCAGACAUUACAAUAGCUGGAGAAGCCACAUAUCCUUUGCCGCAGACUUUUCAUGCAUUUCUACAAACAGUGUCGGACUUGAUGAUGUUGCUUCCUGUUGGUUCUUCCCUUCAGCAAAUAGCUAUGCGUUGCUGGUGCUUGAAAUUCCAUGCUGAAGAUCACAGUUUUCUUCAUCGUAGUCAUGUUUUUUCCAACAUCAGUAAAAUACUGUCUCGUACAGAAGAAGAAGACGAUGUUGGAGCAUCUGGAGCAUGUGCCCAAGUUACUGCUGAUAUUGUAAACUUGAAAGAUAUAACACCUUUAGUGGAUAUAAAAGCAUCUAGUCGUCAGGCUAUGGUCAAUAGUUUAACAGAUAACACAACAGAAACAUUUUGGGAAAGUGGUGAUGAAGAUCGAAAUAAAGUGAAGAUGCUUAAUCUAUCAUGUGGAUCUAAGAUUCAACCAAAGAUGGUGUAUAUUCAUAUUGACAAUUGUCGAGAUUUAGGCAAUAAAGUGUCUGGUGUGACAUUUAAAGCUGGCCCAAGUUUUGAUGAAAUGGCUAAACUUAAACAACUUGAAGUUGAAAAUCGUUACAUUGGAUGGCUGAACUGUGAUAUUCCUGAUGGAAAAUAUGUCUGCAUUCGAAUAGAAUUGAAAGGUCCUGACAAUACCUUAAGGCUACGUCAGGUGAAAAUUCUUGGAACUCAAGAGGGAGAAAGUGUUUACAUUGGAAAAAAAGUUUCAGCACUUCAAAUUCAACAAAAAAAUUGUGAAGCUGAGACUCUGAAAGUGUUCAGAUUACUGACAUCACAAGUAUUUGGAAAAUUAAUAAGUGGAGAAAAUGAAUGUGGAGAGGACAGAAAAAAUGAUUUCAAUCAAGAUAUUGAUGGAAUGCAACUUUCACAAUCCCAAAGUACAUUAGAAACAAAUGAUUUAAAAGAACACAUGGUUGGAAUUUUGUUUUCUCGUAGCAAACUGACCCACUUGCAAAAACAAGUUUGUUCUCAUAUUGUUGCUGCCAUUAGAAAAGAAGCUUCACGUGUUCGAGAUGAGUGGGAAGCCUUGUUAUGCAGCAAGUCACAAUCAGUGGAAGAACUUCCUAAGUCUUCUGAUGCUUAUUGCUUUGAAAUGCUUUCCAUGGUAUUGGCUCUCAGUGGCUCCAAUGUAGGUCGUAGUUAUCUGGCUCAGCAAGCUGGCUUACUGAGAGAUUUGUUCAGUUUACUUCAUACAGGCUCUGCUCGAGUUCAAAGACAGGUUACAUCCCUUUUGAGGAGAGUACUUCCAGAGGUUAGCCCUCCGACACUAGCUUUGAUACUUGGAGUAAAUGCUUUACCACCCACAGAUUUUAGCAUCAUUUCUGAAGCAAACAAAGAAAACAAGCAAGAUGAAAACACUUAUGAUGUUCAUUGCACAGGAAUAUUAGACGUGUUUCUUGCUUGUAUAGCAAAAGCACUUACAGUACAAACAAAAGUUAAAGGUUCUUCAAGUAGUAACAGCAAAGGAAUUAAUACAGUGACAUUGGCUACUUCUAUCCAUCCAAGAGAUUUUGUUGGUAACCGAUGGUGGCUGAGAGGAUGCAUGGCAAGAAAACUUGCUGAAGUUAUUAUACAGUUGUUAAAAGAUAUGGCUGCUGGAAAGCUAACAGAGGCUUGGGCGACUGUAACAAAAGGUGCUAUAGCGGAAAAUAUAUUAAAUCUGACAAAAUUAGAAGAACAGCAUCGUUCUCCUUCUGAGUGUUUAAGAACACCUACUUUAUGGUUAGCUCUAGCAUCGUUAUGUGUGCUUGAUCAAGAACAUGUGGAAAGACUUUCAUCUGGUCAGUGGGUAGGUGGUAAUGGAGGGGAUGGACAACAAGCUCAAUCAAGACCUUUCUGUGAUAACCAUGAUGAUUCUGAAACACCAGCAAUUAUUUUGUGUGCCACAUGUGGAAAUCUUUGUGCAGAAUGUGAUCGUUAUCUUCACCUGAAUCGUAAGACACGUAACCAUCAACGACAGGUUUUUAAAGAAGAGGAAGAAGCAAUUAAAGUUGAUUUACAUGAAGGAUGUGGCCGUACUAAAUUGUUUUGGGUUAUGUGUUUAGCAGAUUCUAAGACUUUAAAAGCAAUGGUGGAGUUUCGAGAAGGAACCAGAGGUAAACCCAGUUCUUCAGGUGUAUGCAGGUUUUGUGGUUCUAGUAGCAGUACUGGUCUUCUAUCUAUUGGCAAUGUUUGCAAUGAACCAGAAUGUCAAGAACAUGCUAGCAAUGCCUGCUCAAAAAUGUUGAACUGUGGUCACAUGUGUGGAGGGAUAUAUAACGAAAACCCUUGUCUUCCCUGCUUACAUAGAUGCGGUGGUGAUAGUUCCAACUUAAAACAGGAUGCUGAUGAUAUGUGCAUGAUUUGUUUUAUUGAAGCUUUAGCUUAUGCGCCUGCCAUACAGUUAUCCUGUGGCCAUUUAUUUCAUCUCCAUUGUUGCCGUGCUGUAUUGACAAAAAAAUGGUCUGGUCCUCGUAUCACAUUUCGCUUCUCCUUGUGUCCCAUUUGUCAGGCACCUAUGGAUCAUUCUGUUUUGAAAGAUUUACUUGAUCCAGCAAGAAACUUAUUUGAAGAUGUCAAACGAAAAGCCCUGAUGAGACUUGAGUAUGAAGGUUUGCACAAAGCAGAAGCAAUCACAACCCCCGGCACUAGAUUUUAUAAGGAUCCCGCUGGCUUUGCUAUGGAUCGCUAUGCAUAUUAUGUUUGCUAUAAAUGUAAAAAGGCAUAUUAUGGUGGAGAAGCUAGAUGUGAUGCAGAAGCAGGCGCUGGUGAUGACUAUGACCCUACAGAGCUUGUGUGUGGCGCUUGUUCAGAUGUCUCAAGGGCACAGAUGUGUCCUAAACAUGGCACAGACUUCCUGGAGUACAAAUGCAGGUACUGCUGUUCUGUAGCAGUGUUUUUUUGCUUUGGGACCACACAUUUCUGCAAUGCUUGCCAUGAUGAUUUUCAACGGGUUACAAAUAUUCCUAAAGCAGAACUUCCUCAUUGCCCUGCAGGUCCAAAAGCCAAACAGUUGGAAGGUGAUGAAUGUCCACUUCAUGUGAAACAUCCAUCAACAGGUGAAGAAUUUGCCUUAGGUUGUGGAGUCUGUCGCAAUGCUCACACCUUCUAACAAGUUGCAUAGAAUUUUAUAAAUUCUGAUCAUCAUCCAGUCACUAAGUCAGCUGUAUUAUAAUGCUUAUGAGUGCCACAAUUUAUUCAUAAUGUAAAUUAUGAAUUUUGUAAAUGAUGUAAAUUUGUAAUUUUGAUUCCGGCCUUCCCAGCACAUCUCUUCACUUAUAUUCCUUGCCAUGUUCUUCCAUUGAGAACUUUUGCUACCAUAAACACUUUCCCUUUUGGAGACCAUAUUAAAGAACAAUAAGACGAUUCUUUUAGAUAUCAAGUUCUUAUUAUCUGGAUUUUUUAGAAUCUUCUAUUUAUAGUGUUUGAUAGCAGAUGAAAUUCUUUUAUGGAUGAAGUUAGUGAUGAAAUGCUUCACUUGCAUUUUUCAGAAGAAAGUAAUAAGUUGUUGUCCUGUACUUAUUUAUAUUUUUUAAAUAACAUUUUGUUAAAUUAAAGAUACUCAUGUUGAAAUUAAUUUGCACUAUUAAUGUUGUUAAAAUGAUUGUUUAAAUUUUAUGCUCAUGUGUAUGUUGAAAGAUCUUUUUCUAGAGCUCUACCCAAAAGGUUUAAAAUUAAAUUUUGUUACACUAUAUAUUUUUCUUUACAAGUUUUUAUUUCUUUAGUGCUUAUCAUAGUAUAUUCAAGUUUCAAAAAUAUGUCGAAUACCAAACGACAGUAUUAGAUUUGUUACAAUAAAUUUUUUUGAGAAAUGUUUUUCUUUUGCCCGCAUGAAAACUGAGCAGAACCAUAGUUUACAUUGCCUAAUUCAAACAAUGUUAUGAUAGUUGAAAUCCAAACUCAUCACAUCAAUAUAUUAAAUGCAACAAAAGCUUAGAAAAGCCUGUGAUGUUUUUUAAUUUUAAGAGUUUAGUACAGAGUACAUUAUAUAGUUUCGAGGAAGGAGAAUCUUUCUUUCAGACAACCCAGAUGCUUCAUAAGACGUGUCAUAGCCUACAUAAGAGGGCCAGUCCUUGUUUUAACUCUUACAGACUCCAUUAGCCAGAGAUUGCAGUGUCUCCUAAAGUUUAAUUAAAUUGUGAAUCUAUUAUGGAUUAGUAAAUAUUGAUAGAAAAUACUUUCAAGGAAGUUUUCCCUCAAGGCACAAAUUAAUUUUCAUUCCAAUAUGAGAAAGAAGAAAUAAAUAUUUUCCUUAAAGGGAAGAGAUCAUGCCUUUGUUUUAGUUAAUCAAUUUACAGCUUUGGAAGAAUCAUGGGUGCAAGACCUUCCGUCUCAGGACGGAUUUCCGUCUUGGACAAAAUUUUCGAGACGGAAAUCGGGACGGAAAGAAAUUCGAUGACUUUCCUUCAGUUUUUACUCAAAAAAGAAAAAUUGAGUGUUUGAAAAAUAUGCUUUAAUAUUACUGUACCGUUUCAUAAUCACGAAUUUACAUCGACAUUCUCUCGAUUUUCCGACAUGAACUUGUUUUAUUUGCAACGUAGUGCUUCUGGAGGAGUAGCUAUAGACUCGCGCCGUUUAACUUUUCAUUUCCAACUCAUUUCAUUGCAGACCGCGGAGUUGCUCACUAUUCUCCCUGAUUUAUCGAAUUUAUCGUCUCUAUUUGAAAAUUAAGCCUUUUCUCUUUGUAUUUUCAAUCAUCCUUUCGGGUUUUUUUUUUUUUUUCAUUUGCAUUUAUUUAUUUUUUUUUUUUGCAAAAAAUGUCUCAGAGUUGCAUCUGAAGCACCGAUUGAGAGUAAUUGCAGACGAGAUGAAAUGUUUACGCCUCAGAAAAGGGGUUCACAUACUAGGCAAAAUGGGAACUAUCAGGGACUUUAAAGAUUUUAAUGAAAAUGGGAAUUUUGAAAAGAAUCGGGGGGGGGGGGAAUUUCAAGCUGGUUGGAAACACUGAUGGGCAACAGUUCCUGCAGUUUUGACAGGUUUCUGAUAAAAUAAUCUAAGACUUGAGGAAUCACUAAAUUCCAAUGUCUUUCAAUCUAACACUCGCUAGGAUGGAAAUAUGGGGGGGGGAGGAGAAAAAAGAAACAAGAAAAAUAACUGCAGCACGAAUUUACGAAAAAACGCUGUUCUUGCAAAGAGGGUUAGUUCGCAAAUUAACCCACGAUACUGAGGUCCUAAAACGUUUGCAUUUUGGACAAUCUAAGAGGGGGAGGGGCUACUCAAGGGCUCUAUAAUGAAAUAUCGAAAAACUGAAUUGAAAGUCAUUUUUGAAGCUACGAGUGGUUCGGGAAUUUUCCUCUGAAAACUGUUAAAAAUUUAAAAGUCAAAAAUUUAAAAGUCAAAAAUGUUUAGGUUGUCUUUAAUGAUGUAAAAGUGGAGAGGAGGAGGUUUAAAAAAAAUCGGAAAAUGGAGUUUUUUAAAAACACUAAUUUAGGCAAUCUUUGGUGAAUUGGUGAGAGAUGGUUUUGGUAUUCUAACCUAAAAAUAUUUUGUAGCUGAUGUAUUAAAAACUAUUUGAGGCUAUACUUAAAUUUCUUAAUAGAAAGGGAAUUUGGGCCCCUCUCCCGAAAAGUGUUUGUAAUUGAAGUCUUAAAACUUUUAGGCUGUCUUUGGCAAUGUCAAGAGGGGGGAGAGGGGGCUCUCUUUAGGCGAAAUUCUGAAACUGGAGCCGUAAAAGCGAACCUUUAGACCAUCUUGCGGUUCGGAGUCCCCCUUCCCAAAAAAAAAAAAAAUCAAAGCUGAAUCAUUCAGACCUUAGCUUUAGAUAAUCUUCAAAGACUUUCUCUCAAUAAAUUUUAGAACUUAAGCUCUUAAAACUUCGAUGAUGAACACGGGGGAACCGCAAGUUUAAGUCAAAUUUAGUGAACUUAGGGGAAGGAGCUCGAAAUUUCGGGGUAGGGGGGUAGGGAGCUCUCUCCCCCGAAAAUUUCUCCAUGCUGAAAUAUUGAAAAGCUAUUUUGGCCAUUUUUGAGUGAAUUAAGAGUUAGGGAAUUCGGGGGGGGGGGGGGUCUAUCUCAGAACAUUUUCGAAAUUAAAGUCUUAAAACUUUGGGUUGUCUUUGGCGAUGUGAGGAGGCGAAUUGCUCUUACAAUAGAAUAAUAAAUCUUGAACACAAACUUACACUGCCUUUAAUAACCACAAAGAGAGGGGGGAGGGGGUAUUUUGCCGCCCAGCCCGAAAUAUUUCCGUUUCUGAAAUUUUAAAAGCUCUAUUUUGGACUAUCUUUGGAUGACUCAAGGGGGAAGGGAUUAGGAAGCUUCUUUCAAAAAGUUUCCGAAAUUAAAGUAUUAAAACUUUUAGGCGGUCAUAAGUCAUUUUUAUAGCUGGGGGGGGGGGGGGUACUGUUCCUAAAAACAAAUUUAGAAACUAAAGCCUUAGAACUCAAAUUUAGGAUAUUUGUGGUGAAUUCAGAAAAAGGGUUCAGAAGUUUUCUUCCGAAAAUUUUUUGAUGCUGAAAUAUUUAAAACGCUACUUUAGACUAUAUUUGAGUGCCUUAAGAGGGAUGUGAUUCGGGGCCCCUCCCUGGGAUGAGGAUUCAGUUCCCCUAUUGCUUUUCUUAAUUAAUGAAUAUUGGAAACAGUACAUCGUUUAAAAAAUGUAUCUACUUCACUGAAGUGGUUUUUUUGUGGCUAAUUUCACCACCUGUUAUCUUAUAAAAGAAUUCUUUUUCAAAUGAAGACUGUGUGGGGGAAUGGCACCAAUUUAUUAUAAUUAGUCACGCAUACCCUUCCCCCACCUUUCCUUCUUUUCUGGUUUGUUGGUGCUACCUUGGGUAGACUUUUCGAUCAUAACUGAAUUAUGUUGCAAAAGUGAAAAUCUUAUGUCCCAAGCGAUUUUAUUGCUGCAAUAAAAUGUUUACGAUCGGCAAAAAACUAGCGGCGGGGAGCCCCGAAUGCUUUUACCCCUAACAUUAUCCAACAUCGUCUAAAAUUGCGUUUUUGGAACUUCAAUUUCGAAAUAUUGCCGAUGGAGAGUUCCUUAACUCCAUCCCUUCGAUAAUGCAUUCGUAUAAACGUUAUGAAAUAUGAACUACAAUUUCGUUUUUAAAGCUUUAAUUUCGGGGAGAGUCCAACCCCCUCCCCCCCUUUUUCUAAUAUUUUUGAAGGUCACCCAAUAUUGUGAUUUUGGGACUAUCGGUUUGAAAAAAUUGAUGUAAGAGUCCCUGAACCCUCCUUUCCCUGAACUUUACCAAAAUGGCCUACCAUUGCGUUUUUUAUACUUCAAUUUAAAAAAAUUUCAGGGGGAGGGUUCGCAGAGCCCACGUUAUUGGCGGUUUUUAGGUUUUUUGGAAUCACGAUAUCAAAACGUUUAAAUAUUACAAUUUAAACUAAGUUCAUGUUGUUAGAAAAAUCAAAAGCUUAAAAUUCAAAUGAAACAGAUUCCAAAACUGGCAUAUUUAAAAUCUCCAACAUUUAUACACAUUUUUCUUUAAGCACACAGGGGGGGGGGGAGCUGAAAAAAAUUUUCCGUCUUGAACACAUCACCAAACUUGCACCCAUGGGAAGAAUCAAUCAAGUUCAGAACAGUUUUAGAUUCCCACUUAUCAGUAUUCCAUUUCGUUAAGAGAGUGGAAAGAGUAAUUUUUCUCAGAGGCAGGAAAAAGUAGUAUCCUUGCGAAAAAUCAAAAUUCUUUUAAAAGUUGAAGAUUUAGAACAGAUAGAGGUAUUAGACUGUUUAUUAGAUUGAUCAAAAUUUUGCAUAUUUUGUGAGCCAUUAUUUUUGAAUGGGUAAAGGGUGGAGAGGUAUGCAUGAAAGGUAGGAAUAAACAUAGUAAAUAACAGUGAAUGUUUCGAAUAGGGUUAACUUUUCAAAAUCCUUGAAACUUUUGCCAAAAUAUUAAUUUUUUGUCAAAAAAUAGGGAUCAAUAUCCAAUGAAUUUUGUUAUGUAAAUCAUUUUGUUUUUAUUCAUGUAAAAAUUGUUCAAUUAAGUUUAAAAAAAGCAAAAGGCAGGGAUUCAUUUUCAAAUUGAUCAACACACCACUCUCAUUAUUAGUAUGUUAGAUAGGACAGAUAAGUAUGCCUGUUCGACUUUGAAUAGAGUAGGUAUCACAGUGUAACUUGUCGGAGCACAGGUCCAAUGUUUCUUUUCGUCAUUGAAUUUCAGAUUUGACAAAAUUCCAGACUUUUUGCCCAUAAAUAUAAGUAAUGAAGGGUAAAGGAAUUCUGCUCUUUUUUAUGAAAAAUUACUUUUAAAAAUCAUUGAAACUUUGUCAGUUGGAUUUAGGUCUCUGAAAAAAAAAAAAAAAAAAACUAGCAAUUUCAAAAAUGCACCAUUAAAACAGUAUCAAUUAUAUUCACAUAAUAUAGUAAAACCUCUCUAAGGCGGGCACUAACGGGACAAAUUUUUUCGUUCGCAAUAGAGGGGUGUCCGCAGGACAGGGGUUUAAUAACGUUAUUUGCCUUGGAAUCGGGGAAUUAAAAACUGCCGGCAUAAGAGGGGUGUCCGUUUGGAGGGAUUUUACUGUAUUAUGUUUUUUACUGUGUACUUCAAAAAUAUUGAUAGAUGAUCUCUGCUCUCUGCUCUUUGAUAUUUUAAGCAUCAAUUUGCUCAAAAGCAAAACACUAAGUACCUGCAAAGUAGGCAUCCUUUUUUAAACUGUGAUAUUAAGUUGUGCUACAAAAAACAUGACUGUAAAUUUUUAAUUUAUUCACAAUGAAGAACCAUAGUUUAUAACUGAUGAACUAUGCAUCAGUACUAUUGCCAAAAUGUUUUGUUACUUUAAUGUAUUCUUACGUUUCACUUCAAGGAAUGUUCGAAUUUUAUUGGUAAGAAGGUAAAAUGAUGUGAUUUGUGUGAAUGAAGUAUGGCUGCGAGUUUUAUAAGCUUCAUUUUUCUCUGAAAUAUUUAAAAAUGC